UGCAUUGGCAGCACACAUUCUCCAGGACUCACAAAGCUCAAGGGAUGGAGAUAGCAGCUAGAACCACCUUCUUCUUGUUGUUCGUUAAUGUCAUUUUUGCUCAUAGGGCUACUGUGAGUAGAGCAGCAACACUCAAUGUUGGAGUGAUCCUCGACUUGCAGUCGUUGGUGGGCAAGAUGGCACACACCAGCAUUUUGAUGGCCAUGGAAGAUUUCUAUGUGGUCCAUGGGAACUAUACAACAAAGAUCGUUCUUCACAUCAGAGAUUCCAAUGCAGACAAUGUCCAAGCUGCAUCAGAAGCUGUUGACCUGCUGGAGAAUUACAAUGUCAGAGCUAUUAUUGGUCCACAAAAAUCUUCAGAGGCUACUUUUGUCUCUGAUCUUGGGAAUAAGAGUCAAGUACCGGUUAUCUCCUUUACUGCAACUAGUCCCACUCUGUCAUCUAGUUCUGUUCCUUACUUUUUGCGUGCAACACUAAGUGAUGUAGCUCAAGUGAAUUGCAUUGCUGCUCUCAUUAAGGGCUAUGGUUGGAGAGAAGUGGUACCAAUAUAUGAAGACACAGACUAUGGUAGGGGCAUCAUACCAUACUUGGUUGAUGCCCUCCAAGAGUUUGGAGCUUAUAUACCUUAUCGUAGUGCAAUCCCUGUAUCAGCAAGCAAUUACCCACUUGAACAAGAACUCUACAAGCUAAUGACAAUGCAAACAAGGGUAUACAUUGUGCACAUGUCAUCCUCUAUUGCCUCUACUCUCUUCACAAAGGCCAAGGAGUUAGGAAUGAUGAGUGAAAUGUAUGCAUGGAUUGUGACAGAUGGAAUUGCAAAUAUCAUUAACUCAAUCAACCCUUCAAUUCUUGAUGCAAUGAAUGGUGCACUGGGUGUGAAAUUCUAUGUGCCUAAAUCAAAGGAACUUGACGAUUUCACUACAAGGUGGAACAAGAGGUUCAAACAAGACUACCCAAAUGACCCGCCAUCUCAGCUAGGCACUUUCGGACUCUGGGGUUAUGAUACUAUUUGGGCCUUGGCACAAGCAGCAGAGAAGGUCAGCAAGGUAGAUGACAUAUUUCACAAGCAGCGGCACAGGAAGAACUCAACGUGUUUUAGAACUAUUGUUACGUCUACAAUUGGUCCAAAACUCCUAGAUGAAAUCUUACAUAAUAAGUUCAGAGGCCUAAGCGGUGAUUUUGACCUUGAAAAUAGGCAGCUGCAACCUUCCAUAUUCCAGAUAAUUAAUGUGGUUGGACGAGGUUCACAAGAGAUAGGCUUUUGGACAGCAAAGCAUGGGAUCAUUAGGCAGCUGGAUCAAAAUGGAUCAAAAAUAACAAAUGUAAACUCAAUGUCUGAUCUUAAUCCAGUAAUUUGGCCAGGAGAACAAUAUGUGGUGCCUAAGGGAUGGCAAAUUCCUAGUAAUGGAAAAAAGCUCCGUGUAGGUGUACGGACAAGUGGAUAUCCUGAGUUUAUGAAGGUGGAAAGAGAUCCUAUCACCAGUGCAAUAACUGCUACUGGAUAUGCCAUUGAUGUAUUUGAAGAGGUGUUAAAGAGACUACCGUAUGCAAUACCUUACGAAUAUGUAGCAUUUGAUAAUGCAGACUCUGGGAGCUAUAAUGAUUUUGUCUACCAAGUUCAUCUUGGGGUAUACAAUGCAGCAAUCGGAGAUAUAACCAUCAGGUACAAUAGAACUUCCUAUGCAGACUUCACCCUACCUUACACUGAAUCUGGAGUAGCAAUGAUUGUGCCAGUUAAGGAUGACACAAAUAAGAACGCAUGGGUUUUCCUGAAGCCAUUAACUACUGACUUGUGGUUUGGAAGCAUCGCAUUCUUUAUUUACACAGGGAUUGUCAUCUGGCUAUUGGAGAGACGCAUCAAUAAUGCUGAACUGACUGGUUCAUUUUUUCGCCAGCUUGGGAUAGCAAUAUAUUUCUCCUUCUUUGCAGAUAGGGAGAGGGUGGACAGUAUAUUGUCUAGAUUGGUUGUCAUUGUAUGGGUCUUUGUACUCCUCGUGAUUACGUCAAGUUAUACAGCCAAUCUAUCAUCAAUACUCACUGUGCAACAGCUUCAACCCACAGAAACUGAUGUUCAUGAACUCAUUAAAAAAGGUGAAUAUGUAGGGUAUCAUAACGGUUCUUAUGUGGGAGAUCUAUUGGAAGAACUUGGCUUUGACAGAAGAAAGGUCAGAGCAUAUGAAACUUCAGAUGAUUUUGCUGAUGCACUCUCUAAAGGAAGCAAAAAUGGUGGUAUAGCUGCGGUCAUACAUGAAGUUCCAUACAUCAAAAUAUUUCUUUCAAAGCAUUGCAAAGGUUACACAAUGGUUGGACCGAUUUACAAAUCCGAAGGCUUUGGCUUUGCAUUCCCCAAGAGAUCCCCUAUGGUCAAUGACUUCUCCAGGACAAUCCUCAGCAUAACAGAAGGAGACACUAUCAUUCAGAUAGAAAAGAAAUGGAUCGGAGAUCAACAUGCCUGUCAAAAUGAUGGUGCCAUUGCAAGUCCAAGCAGUCUAAACUUCAAAAGUUUUUCAGGACUCUUUCUGGUCACAGGAGUUGCUUCAACUUCUGCUCUUUUAAUAGCCCUGGUGAUGUUACUCUACAAGAAUAAGCACAAAAUAAGAAACAGUAUAAGUCGAGUCCAAACUCAGGGAGGAUAUGGAUCAGAGCAUGCAAACAGACAGAAUCAAGAAAGAGAACUAGAUUACAACCAGGCCCGGAGCAUGCAGGUGAUAGUGCCAAACGAUCUGGAAGAUGGUACAUGCCAACAAGAGAUUGAAAUAUCCAUAGAAUUCACAAGCUCUGGUUCAGAGGUCCAACCAAGUCCUAAUUUUGCAUCUCGCGAGACACCAGGCAACAAUUUGUUGUGCAAUGACAAGUCAGCUUAAUCUAAGAUUUCCAUGCCUCCAUUCUCCAGAAUUUGCC